CAGUUGCGAAUCGGCUUUUCGAGUGAGUGGUUAUUGCUGAUAGAAUUUACUAUUAUAGCUUAAAAAUGGCAAAGGAUAAUCUAACAGCAGUACUGCAUGGCAUUGAGGACAUGCGAUUGGAACAACGUCCCAUACCAGAGAUUGCCGAUGAUGAGGUUCUUCUGGCCAUGGACAGUGUCGGCAUUUGUGGAUCUGAUGUUCACUACCUUGCCCAUGGACGAAUUGGUGACUUUAUCCUCACCAAGCCCAUGAUUAUAGGCCACGAAUCCGCCGGAGUGGUGACAAAGCUGGGCAAGAAGGUGACCACGCUGAAGGUUGGCGACCGAGUGGCCAUCGAACCUGGAGUGCCCUGCCGCUACUGCGAUCACUGCAAGGAGGGCAAGUACAACCUUUGCCCCGGAAUGGUCUUCUGCGCCACGCCCCCCUACGACGGCAACCUCACCCGAUACUACAAGCACCCGGCGGACUUCUGCUUCAAGCUGCCCGACCACGUCACCAUGGAGGAGGGGGCGCUCCUGGAGCCCCUGUCCGUGGGUGUACAUGCCUGCAAGCGGGCGGAGGUCACCCUGGGCUCCAAAGUGCUCAUCUUGGGGGCGGGACCCAUUGGCCUGGUCACUCUUAUGGCUGCGCAAGCCAUGGGUGCCUCCGAGAUCCUGAUCACGGAUUUGCUACAGCAACGCCUGGAUGUGGCCAAGGAGCUGGGGGCCACCCACACGCUCCUGCUGAAGCGGGAACAGACCGCCGAGGAGACGGCGGAGCUCGUCCGGAAGACGAUGGGCGGUCCGCCGGACAGGUCGAUCGAUUGCUGUGGUGCGGAGAGCAGUGCCCGCUUGGCCAUCUUUGCCACUCGUUCUGGCGGAAUAGUGGUGGUGGUGGGCAUGGGAGCUGCAGAAGUCAAGUUGCCUCUGAUCAAUGCCCUUGCCCGCGAAGUUGAUAUCCGUGGUGUCUUCCGCUACUGCAACGACUAUGCCGCUGCCCUGGCAUUCGUGGCCUCCGGAAAGGUGAAUGUCAAGCGACUGGUGACCCACCACUUUGACAUCAAGGAUACGGCAAAGGCGUUCGAAACCUCGCGAAAGGGACUUGGUGGCGCCAUCAAGGUGAUGAUCCACGUGCAGCCCAGGGACGCCAACAAUCCUCGAAAAUUUUGAUCAUAUGUAAAAACCGAUAAAUAUAGCCUUUAAACACAGUAAA